AUGCUUUCUCCUAUUGACUUUGGAUCAUUUCUCAAUUCGGAUCCUUCAUCAACUUCUUCAUCUCAUUCUUCCAUCGAUCCUUCUUCAUCUUUCUACACCGCAUUACACUCUCAAGCUCAAUCCUAUCCACCUAGUCGACCAUGCUCAGAUCAAUCGAUAUCAUUCAACUCUAGUCACUCUCAUUCACCAAUCAAUCAAUCACGUAAACCGCCACCUUCCUCCGCCUCAAGAUCUCAUGACAACUCUUAUCAAUAUGGUCUCAAUCCUCAACUCUUCUCACUUCCAUCUCACUCCUUGCACUUCGUCAUGCCAAGCUUUGCUCACGGUGGUCCUGCUCAAGCUUAUUCAAAUGGUCCAGCCUUCGCGGAACCAACUGUCUUUCGCCAUCCAUCUCGCAUCAGGACUUCCCCUCCACAGCAAUUCACAAACCAGUCUCACGCCAACAUCCUUCCAUCUGAAAUCGCGAACCCUCCGCGACCUCAACAAUCGCCCCGAUCUAUCACUCAUCUUCCACCUCUUAAACGAAAAAGUUCUUUCCAACUCGAUCCAAGCAAGCCGGUCUACAGUCUCUAUGGUCAUUCAGUUCAAUGCAUCAAUCCCGACUUGAGUCCAUUCCCAUCAGAAAUCUCUUCUUCUUCUUCGCCACCAGAUGAAUAUGAAAGCCGGUCAGAGAGCCCUUUCGACGCUAGUCGGAUCGGCCUAGACUUGCCCAUCAAUUGCAACUACCCAAACAUAUACUCAAGCUCCGGUUUUGAUCUCAUGCGUGCUCUUGCUUAUGUUGUCAACCGUCCUAACCCGCAAAUUGACAUUGGGGCUGUUGACACGUCUACCGCUCUUGUAAUUGUCGAUGCUAGGAAAAAGGACCUACCAAUUGUCUUUGCUUCUGCCAGCUUCAGCACACUCACUGGCUACGAGAAUUACGAAAUCGUGGGCCAGAAUUGCAGGUUCUUACAAUCCCCUCGAUCUGCGGGACUCGCAAAGAAGGGAUCCAAGCGAAAGCAUUCGGACUCAACCGCGGUUUACCACAUGAAAGCUCAUAUCAUGGCUGGCAAAGAGAGUCAAUCGUCAAUCAUCAACUAUCGCAAAAAUGGACAACCCUUCGUCAAUCUCGUCACGGUGAUUCCGAUUCAAUGGGGUUCUGAUGAAGUUACUUAUUACAUCGGAUUCCAGGUGGAUCUAAUACAGCAGCCAAAUGCUAUCAUGGCUAACAAGGGCAACGGAACCUAUAUGGCGCACUCUUUCACUGGUGAAGCUGAACGCCCCCCGGCAUCGAUUCCAGAGUCCGACAAAAUCCAAGAAAUCCGAGAAAUUCGACCUCUUCCUGCUCCACCUCUCCCUCCUCAACCUACAGGGACCGUUAUCCAAAAUCCAGCUCCCGUCAUCAGCCGGCGUGUGUCAGCUCUACCGGAUACUCGGUCUCUCAAAUCAGAUUUCAAAACUGUUUUAUACCAAAACCACGAUGUUGUCAUGGUGGUAUCAUUGAAAGGUACCCUGUUUUAUGUCUCGUCCGCAUGUCGAAAAAUGCUUGAGUAUGAAGAGGAAGAUUUGGUGAAUCAGAACAUUUCAUCGUUUUGUCACUCUGGUGAUCUCACCGGUGUACUCCGACAACUGAAGGAGGUCGGUAACACGGCCCACACACCACUUGAUUUAAUCUAUCGAGCGGUGACAAAAAGUAAACGCAUCUUUUGGAUGGAGGCACAAGGUCAGCUGCAUGUUGAAGCCGGCAAAGGACGCAAGUACGUAGUCCUGGUAGGUCGAGAACGUACCAUGGGGCCAUUAUCAUGGCAAGCAAUUAAAGAGAUGGGUGGAUUGGGAGAUUGCGAAUUUUGGACCAAACUUUCCUUGGAUGGAAUGUGCCUUCAUACUACAGCUUCUAUUCGAGACGUACUGGGAUACGAAUCGGAAGACCUACUUGGUAGAAUGUUGGCUAAGAUGUCAUCCGAAGUCGAUGGACCCAAGAUCUUAAAAGCUAUCCGAGAUGCGUGGCAUGGUACCAAAGUCGUCACAGUCGCACACGUCCUCAUCAAUCGAGACGGAAGAAUGGUCAAUUGCAUCAGUCAUUUUUACCCACCGCGUCUCAUCUCAUCUCAUCCUGAAUCCGAUACAAAUAAUGCUACCACGAACUCGAGCAAACCUGCCGGCGCACCUCCAGUGAUAUAUUGUCAAAUCAAUGAAGCCGGCUCCGCUCAACGUAAGACUACGGCCACUACACCCGAAGUAAUGGCUUCUUCUCGACCACCCACAUCAGCUUAUGAUCAAUCAUAUUUGAACUCGUCACUUCCUGCUGGAUCGGGUGCAGAGAAUUCAAACCUGUCUUCAGAUGGGACACAAUCUGAGCCAAGAUUGUCGAACCCCGCCGUCGAAGACAACUUAUUCGGUGCAUUGGAUACCUCCAAGAAGACUGCUUGGAAUUUUGAACUCAGCGAAUUAAAGAUCCGGAACAAGAAUCUCAAGAGCGAAGUAAAUGCUAAACAACAUAAGGGUAGUUCCCGACCCAAAACCGUUGAAAUAAACACCAACCAAUCCAGAAUUUUGGGUACCAACCAAGAUAGAAUAGUCAAACCCACCUUCGGGGGUCACAACCAGCGCUCUCCGAGCGACACUGGGACCGACAAAAAGUAUGAAUGCAGAAGUGGGAUGCCGGAGGUAUCGUUGUCCUGCAAUUUUCCAUCAAACAAUAUCCUUUUUCCCGCCAAUCAUUCAGCGAAUCUAGUCCUGCGCAUCAGAAUCCCAGCGAAACAGCUACCAUCCCUAGCCCAGUUUACUGAGUGUGAUGUGAAUCGAUUACCAAAUUCCUCAAACGACUGCCUCACUCCUCAAUUCAUAUCCGCCUUCGCUCCCUUAGAUUCACGUUAA